UAAUACAACCAGCCCCAAAAUAAUAUCUGACUGCUGCCCCAAGCGUCUGCGUCUGUUUCCUAUUCACUGCCCCCAUCCGUCGCGGUCAGCUGCCCGCGACCCCGUCUCUCUCUCUCUCUCUCUUUCUCCACCCCCCCUCCAACUCUGUACAGACACGGAGGCGGGGACAAGAGUCGGUGCUUAAAUGCGAACUUGCCAUCUAACCAUCGGCGCCGCCUCCACCACCAUCACUUCUGCCGCCGUGGACGGCGGCUAAUGACUGAGGUCGAGAGUCUCCGGCAAGGUUAUUAGGAAGCGAUGGGUCAGGGGCUCAGUUGCACGGGAAGCCAAGAACAUGAGCUGUUCAGGGCGGUUCAGUCUGGCGACCUGGAGACUGUCGAGAUUCUCUUGGAGAAAGACCCGACCCGAAUCCUCCGGACCACUACGUACGAUCACCAUUCUGCUCUUCACGUCGCAGCCGCCAAUGGGCAGAUCGAGAUUUUGUCUAUGCUUGUGGAUAGAUCCGUGAAUCCGGAUUUGUUGAACCGUCAUAAGCAGACACCAUUAAUGUUGGCAGCAAUGCAUGGCAAGAUCGCUAGUGUUGAGAAACUCAUUCAAGCUGGAGCUAAUAUUUUGACUUUUGAUUCAAUUAAUGGAAGAACCUGCUUGCAUUAUGCUGCUUACUAUGGCCAUUCUGAUUGCCUUAAAGCCAUUCUCUCUGCUGCCCGUUCCUCUCAUGUGGCCGCUUCUUGGGGAUUUUCGCGGUUUGUAAAUAUUAGAGACGGUCAAGGGGCAACUCCAUUGCACCUGGCGGCUCGCAGGAGCCAGCCUGAAUGUGUACAUAUUCUCUUAGACAAUGGAGCCAUUGUGAGUGCGGCAACUGGCAGAUAUGGAUUUCCUGGAAGUUCUCCUCUCCAUUUGGCCGCUAGAGGGGGUUCUCUUGAUUGCAUUCGAGAAUUGUUGGCAUGGGGUGCUGAUAGGCUUCAAAGAGACGGAUCAGGGAGAAUGCCUUACACAGUUGCUCUAAAGUACAAGCAUGUCGCAUGUGCAGCAUUGCUAAAUCCUUCAUCGGCAGAGCCUCUUGUAUGGCCAUCGCCUUUGAAGUUCAUUAGCGAGCUUAAUGCAGAGGCAAAAGCUUUGCUAGAACGGGCCCUAAUGGAGGCAAACAGGGAGAGGGAGAAGAACAUUUUGAAGGGCACAUCAUUCUCGCUUCCAUCUCCAUCACAUUCUGAUCAUGGAAAUGACGACAAUGGUUCUGAGGUAAAUGAGAUUGAGUUAUGCUGCAUAUGCUUUGACCAAGUCUGCUCGCUUCAAGUGCAAGACUGCGGCCACCAGAUGUGUGCACAGUGCAUGCUAGCGUUGUGCUGCCACAACAAGCCGAACCCAACAACAGCAUGCCUUGCAGCUCCAGUUUGCCCUUUUUGCCGGAGCAGCAUUGCUCGACUUGUGGUUGCCAAGUUCAAGAGCGGUGAUGAUACUGACCAUGGCAUCGCAUCCUCGAAAGUAUGGUCGAGGAAGUCCUGGAAUUGCAGCGAGGGCAGCAGCAGUUUCAAAGGCUUGUCUGCGGUUGGCUCCUUUGGUAAACUUGGUGGCCGGGGCUCCGGGAGGAUUGCUGCCGAGAAUGAGUGGAUUGACAAACCUUGCUGGGUUGAUGCCCAGCAAAAUUAGGGUUCCAAUUCCUUUUGAGACAUGCAUGGAUCGCCAUCUGCAUCGUUGAUUCUUGAAAUUAUUGAAUAAGCAAGGAAGUGAUCUGCAGAUGGGGAUGGGUGAAAAUUUAAGUUCUGCGCUCUUCUUGUUGUUGUAAUCUUUGGUUUGCUUUGAAAGCUUACGAUUAGAGCGGUAGUUAUUUUCAUAUUAGAAAGCUGCGUUCCAGAGUUAAUUAGAUAUAUAUGGUUGGUGGUGAUGUGAUGGGAGAAAUGCUUGCUUGCCUGCCUACCUUUAAUUAAGUUUGAAUCUCUCUCCUACGAGUGGCCUCAUUUUACCCCCCCCCCCCCCCCCCCCCCCCCUGGUAAUUAAUUGUUGAUUUUCCGAGCAUAAAUGGAUCAAAGGUUAAUCGAGA